AUGUCCACCAUGAGCGACUCGGCGAGCGUCAAGGACGAGACGACCACCGUCACCCCGGCCACGUCGCUCGCAGAGACGCCCGACUCGCCCACCACUUCCCACGACAACGACAACGACAACGACAACGACAACGACAGCCGAACGGGCUCCAGGUUCAGGGUCGACGAUGCCCUCACCGCAGACCAACUCGACUCGCUCUACGAGGACCUGCCCGACGACAGCACCGCGCUCAAGGCCAUCGUCGGCACCAUGCGCCUCGAAAUGUCCAAGCGCGACCAGACCAUCACCAAGCUCCAGGGCGAGAUCGACGAGGUCAAGGCGUCCCACUCGGUCAUUCUGCAGCGGUCGGCCGAGUGGAAGGACGAGCUCGAGACGCUGCGGACCAAAGUGCCUGCGCUCGAAUCGGAGCUGCAGCAGGAAAAGGAGGCCAGAGAGCUCGAGGCCGACAGGGUCAAGGACCUUCGACUGCGAGCAGAAGAGAGCCGAAGGGCCAUCAUGAGGCUUCAGGGCGACCAGGGCGCCGCACGCGCAAAGGCAAAGGCCGAUAACCGACGGAGCAUGGGUCCCGGAGUCCUCGCCAACUGGGUGCCGCCAGGCUCCUCGGGUGGCCGCGAUGACCAGGAGGAUGCAGAGCUCAAGAAGUCGAAGCGCGCCAGCAUGAUCUUUGGACCCAACGCGGGGCUGAGCAUCAAUGCCGCUGCGGCAGCAGGUCGGCCCGGGCAUCGCCGCUCGGCCAGCGGCAGCCGCAGCGUCUCGGGCAACUCGAGGGCCGGCGACGCAGCCGACGAUUUCGACGAGCCGCUCAGCCCCACGUUACAGCAGAACGCCAACGGCCUCCGUGGCCUCCGCUUGUCGGGCGCGUCCUUUGGACCCAACGGCUCUUCUCUGCACCCUUCGGCCGCCAAUGGCGACGACACCGCCUCCAAUGCCGGGUCCCGGCGCAGCUCGUACAACAAUGGGCCCCUUCGCUCGCCACGCCUUUCGGGUGCCGACCUGCCGACGGAGGCCGACGCAAGCCAUGCGAGCAGGCUGGCUGUGCCGUCCGGCGGCAGCGGCAUCCGAGGCAUGCUCGGCCUGUCGUCGCCCGCUGGCAGCUCUGCCGGCUUUGCCUCGCCCAUCCUCGAGGACGGCGAGGACGCAGACGGGCCCGCACGGACGAAAAAGGGUCCCGCCUCGGCAUCCGGCGACCAGCCUUCGAGGUCAAACUCGGCGUCUGACAAUCUGCACCUCGAAGCCGAUCUCAAGGCCAAGGACGUCGAGGUUGAGAGGCUGACGCGCGAGAUGCGCGAGAUGCGCAACAAGAUGGACGAGGCCAUCGAGGCGAGGCUGGCCAGUGAGGCAUGCCUCAAGGCGCUUCGCGAGUUUAUCUCCACCCACGAUGCUGCGGCCGACGCCAGCGAGCCGGGCGAUGUUGCAAACGACCGCUCGAGUGUAGGCGCCGGCCUGCUCAAGGGUGUCAAGCUGCCUCCUCUGCCCACCGACGAGAUCGAGGACGAUGCUGCAUCGGCGCCGUCCAGGCGAGACUCGAAGGCGGCCACGGGAGGCUGGUCGAUGAAGCUGCCGCAGCUCAUGCGCAAAAACACUCUCUCGAGCACCAGCGCCAACUCAACGCCCGCCCAGACUCCAGCCGAUGAGUCGACUUCGGCAGCCUCAUUGGGCUCGUCGCCAAAGGCCAGCGGAGCUCAAGCUGCUCCCGGCGCCACGGCAGGCGGGCCAACGGCGAGUUCGUCAAUCGGAGGCAGCCUCGCCAACCUCCUCUCGAGGAACAGCGUCAGCGCUGGACUGGGCUCGCUCGGAUCGGCUCCGGCCGCGCCGUCGGCGCCGACGGUCGGCAGUCCGGAGAGCCAGUCGACGGAACCGCCGGCCGCCAGCGAGCUGGUGAGCUCGCCAUCGACGACCAGCAACGCCUUCAAAGGGUUUGGCUGGUUCAAGAAGGGUUCGCAGGCGUCCAGUGCCGCGGCGGCUCCGAACGCCGCCCCGCAGGAGGGCGCGACGUCGCCCGCCAUGGAGUUUGAGGACAAGAUCCGUCUCUUCUAG